AUGCGAAACUCCACUCAGACAGUAACCCGAGCUCAGGCUUCAACUGAGGACCCUGGAACUCUCUCGUCUGAGUCAGAGCGUAAAAUCCAGGCCUCAGUCCAAAUCCACACCCAAUACCAGGCAAUUUGCGGAACCACAUUUAUUUCUGCUUCAGGAGAAACGAAAGUAGCCAGGCUGACACUUCCAAAAAUCUCCUUUUCUACCAUCAUGGAUGAAAAAACAGCAAAGUCUGCGGAUCUCAGCUACACUGCACCCUCAGAAGUGGAGUGUGAUGUGUGCACCGGAAGGAAGCGUAAAGCAGAGCAGUCCUGUUUGCAGUGUUUGGCUUCGUUCUGUGAAAACCAUAUAGAUGUGCAUAACAUUCUGCACGUGGGGAAGAGACACAAGCUGGUGGCGGCUACGGGAAGCCUCAAACAGAGCGUCUGUCCUGAGCAUGACAAACUCAUGGAGGUUUUCUGCCGCAGAGAUCAGCAGUGCAUCUGCCACCUGUGCAUUACAAAUAAACACAGAAAUCACGAUGUCGUCCUGAUUGAAGAUGAGGUGCCUGAGAAGAAGAUUCAACUUGGGAAAAUGCAAAGACAGACAACCAAGAUGCUUCAGACCCGGGAGAAAGAGGAACAAGACUUAAAACAAGCUAUUAAUUCAUUCAAGACUUCAGCAGUGCAGGCAGUGGAGGAGAAUGAGAAGAGCUUUACAGAGCUGAUCCACUCCAUUGAGAUGAUGCAGUGUGCAGUGAAGGAGCUGCUCUUGGCUCAGCAGGAGGCUGCCGUGAAGCAGGUUAAUACACUGUUAGAGAGACUGGAACAGGAGAUCACUGAUCUGAAGAGCAGAGAUGCAGAACUCCAGCACCUGGAGCGGCUCUCUCAAGCAGACAAUGACAUCGAUUUUCUACAGCGUAAGCUUGGGAGCACACAGAGGGAGAUUACUGACAGGAUUCAAACCAGAGAGAGCGAAGUGCGAGAAUUAAAACAAGCAAUCGAGGCUUUCAAGACAUCCACAAGGCAGGCAGUGGAGGAGAAUGAGAAGAGCUUCACAGAGCUGAUCCACUCCAUUGAGACGAGACAGAGUGAAGUGAAGGAGCUGAUCUUGGCUCAGGAGGAAGCUGCCGUGAAGAAGGCCGAGGAACUUUUGGAGCGAUUGCCAUCAGAGAUCAGUGAUCUGAAGAGCAGAGAGUUUGAACUACAGCGUCUGGAGCGGCUCUCUCGAGCAGAUAAUGGUGUCCAUUUUCUACAGGGGAUUCUGUCCACUCCAGCAUGUUCUUCAUCCUCGUCUUCCCCUGUGCUCUUCGUCCAUCCAUACUCCUCAUUUAAACUCGCCACUGAAGCUGUCUCGGACCUUAUAAAGCAGAUGAAACGUGUCUGCGAUUUGCACUUCACCAACAUCUCUGUACAUGUGCAGACGGCAGAAAUUCUGACAUCGCCAGUUUCGAAAGUGCGGGAAGCUUUAUUGCAGAAUGCUUCCAAGCUCACGCUGAACCUCAACACGGCACACGCGUCUUUCCGCUUGUCCAGAGAGAGCAGGGAGGUGACUGCCGUGCACGCGGCACAGGAUUACACCGAGCAUCCGGACAGAUUUGACUGCAGAGCACAAAUCCUUUGCAACGAGGGUCUUCAAGGCACGCCGCAGUACUGGGAGGUGGAGUACGGAGGCAGCAGCUGGGUGUGCAUCGCUGUGUCCUACAUCGGAAUCGACAGGAAGGGAAAACGGGGUCCUCUCUUCGGCAGAAACCGCUGUUCCUGGGGCUUACGCUGUUAUUCCGCUUCCUACGAAUUCUGGCAUAAUAAUAAGCACGUUUCAGUUAAAUAUAACAAACGUUGCUCCAGAAUAGGCGUGUAUCUGGAUCAUGGAAUAGGUAUUCUGGAGUUUUACAAUGUCUCAGAUGAUAUGAGGCUCAUCUAUAAGGCACAGAUCAAGUUUACCGAGCCUGUGUAUGCUGGGUUUGGACUGGCAGGGAAAGGGACUCACAUCAAGCUCUGUGAUUUGGAGGAGGAGGAAAAGACCAUGAAGGAGAAAAACAUGUUGUUUUCUUACUCGAGUAACAGACUAACAUGAAGGAACUGGAAUAGAGAUUGUUAAAAUGAUAUAAAACUUGUAAUGAUUUGAUCCUUAAGUGCCUUAUGGAUGUACAGGGUUUUUUUGUGUGUGUGUAGUUCUACCAAACCAACAGCAGGGGGCAGAAUAGAUUGUGACUAUGAAUCUGAUUCUCUCCCUCUCUCUCUCUCUCUCUUUCUCUCUGUAUAGAUAACAAUAGAUAGAAAUUUGUUACAAUGACAUUUUAUUGUACUGUACCACAACAUUUUUGAUUUCUUGAAUCCGAUUGGUGAGAAAGUGUUCUACGUUAUCAUUUCUAUAAAACUCAUUUACAGGUUCUUCUAUGGCAGAAGUGUCACUCAUUCAUAAACAGAUUAUUUAAAAAAAACAUUAUUUAACAAAGAAAAACUUAUAAUCAGAAACCAAAAGGACAGAGGACUUUCAGAGCACUUUCUGUUUUCUCUAUAAUAGCGACAAGUUGUGUUUUUAUUUUCUUUUCUCAUUUGUCUUAUUAACUUGAAAACAGAGUGAAAAAAACAAAGGCUGGUGUGUUAACUUUAAUAGCUGCAAUAAUGUAAGUGAUAAAUUGUCUUGGCAGGUUUUCCACAACAUUAAACAU